AACCUCUUCUCAUUUUUCAAUCAUUUCUCUUAAGUGCAUCCAACAGACAGAAGAAAAUGAAGUUUUCAAGCAAUUUCAUAGUUGUAUUUGUGCUCUUUGCAUUUGUGCUCACAGUGGCAAAUGGACAGCCCCUUGUUCCUGCCAUGUUCAUAUUCGGGGACUCGGUUGUUGAUGUAGGAAACAACAAUAACCUCUACACUAUCAUAAAAGCAGACUUCCCUCCUUAUGGGAGGGAUUUUUUGAAUCACAAACCAACCGGAAGAUUCUGUAAUGGAAAAUUAGCCUCGGACUUCACUGCUGAGAACAUUGGCUUCACUGAUUACCCACCAGCUUAUCUCAGCAAAAAGGCCAAAGGAAAUAACCUGUUAAUUGGAGCCAAUUUUGCAUCAGCUUCUUCUGGUUAUUAUGAGACUACAGCAAAGUUAUAUCAUACACUGUCAUUGAGUAAGCAAUUGGAGAACUACAAGCAGUAUCAAAAUAAAUUGGUGGCCAUUGCAGGGAAAUCCAAUGCUUCUUCAAUAGUAUCGGAUGGAAUCUACCUUAUCAGUUCUGGGAGCAGUGAUUUUCUUCAAAACUAUUACAUUAAUCCUCUUUUAUACGAGUCCUAUACACCUGAUCAAUUCUCGGAUGUUCUCAUUGAAUCAUAUGCUAACUUCAUCCAGAAUUUGUACAAGCUCGGAGCAAGGAAAAUUGGAGUGACGACAUUGCCACCGUUGGGAUGCUUACCAGCAGCCAUAACAGUUUUCGGAUCAGAUAGCAACGAGUGUGUGGCUAAGUUAAAUAAGGUAGCAGUUUCAUUCAACAACAAACUCAAUGCAACAUCUCAAAGGUUACAGACAAAGCUCCCCAACCUUAAAUUGGUGGUCUUUGACAUCUACCAAUCUCUCUAUAACCUUGUCACUAAACCUGCUGACAGUGGUUUUGCAGAAGCAAGAAAAGCUUGUUGUGGAACCGGAUUGUUGGAAACAUCAAUAUUGUGCAAUCCCAAAUCCAUUGGGACAUGCGCAAAUGCAUCUGAAUAUGUUUUCUGGGAUGGAUUCCACCCAUCAGAAGCUGCAAACAAGAUUUUAGCAGAUGAUCUGCUGAGCAGUGGAAUUUCUCUUAUUUCCUAAGGCCCAAAAAGGAAAACAAUACUCGCUUAUGUCAUAAUGAAUUUGGUUGUACUCUUUGUUUCCAUGUUGUGAUUUUCAUUUCUAUUUAUCACUUGAAUUAUGAAUGGAAAAAGAACUGGUUCUGCUUAGAACCUGUGAUUUUCCAUUUGUUUCAUAAGUAUCUGUAAUAACCCAAUUCAGACGUACAAUAAAAAAAAUGAUAUCUUCUUCCU